UCGCCGUGUGUCGGUUGGUCCGGGUGUCUGCGUUCGUGUUCGUUCGUUCAUCCCAUCGAUCACCUGUGACGCCAGAUAAUCAGCGCGCGUAUCAGUUAUUUUUACGCUCGCAACGAAAGCUACGUGCGGGGGGCGGUGUAUCCGACCGAUAGGAACCAGAUUCGCGACACGUUCCACACCGUACGGUUCAUACUUGGAGUCACAGUCGCUCACAAGCGCCCAGUUUGUUUUUCGCGCAUUACCGUGAAGUGCUAGCCUGGCAAGAGUGAGCAGACCGCGCCGAGUGGAGAGAAAAUUGGUUUUCCAAUUGCUUCCUGCAACCACUAAGUGCAUCUUGUAGAACGGUGCACGCGUGUUACAAAACAGUACAGACACCGUUUGGGAAACCAGAACCACUUAGCCGAACGGGGCGAGUGUAGAAUGUCCGGGAAGAGCAUAAUGAACAAGUUUGUCAUACGGAACAUUGUGCAAUUGGCAGUGCACUGUACGUACGUGUGCGUGUUCUACCUGAUGCUGCUGUCGCUGCUGGACACCGCCGGUAUAGGCGCGGACAAGAUGCCCCAGGAAGAUAUUUCCGUCGUAACCGAGGUGGACGAUGAGGUGGCCCCGAAUGGAAGUAGCGGUGUGCCGACCGAAGAUAAGGGCCUCCUGUCAUCCGAUAUCGGUUUCGUGCACGCUUUCGCCGCGUCCUUUAUGGUCAUUAUCGUUUCGGAGCUCGGCGAUAAGACGUUCUUCAUUGCGGCCAUCAUGGCGAUGCGUCACCCGCGGCUCACGGUGUUCGCGGGGGCCAUCGCUGCCCUCGCACUAAUGACCGUCCUCUCGGUCGUGUUCGGAAUGGCGGCCACCAUCAUUCCGCGUGUCUACACGUUCUACAUCUCGACCGCACUGUUCGCCCUGUUUGGGCUGAAGAUGCUCAAGGACGGCUACUACAUGUCGGCGACCGAUGCGGCCGAAGAACUGGAAGAGGUGCAGUCCGAUUUGCGCAAACGCGACGACGAGCUCGAAAGAGAGGUCAGUGCCAGCGGAAGCUUGAUGAAGGUGCAGGACGCCGAAACGGGAGCAACGCGCCGCGGAACUCGUCCGCGCAAUCUGGCCCUCCGCAUGCUGUUCCGGAUCUUCGCGCAAGCCUUCACGAUGACCUUCCUGGCCGAGUGGGGUGACCGGUCCCAGCUGACGACCAUCAUUUUGAGCGCCCGCGAAAAUGUGUACGGAGUGAUUGCGGGCGGCAUCAUCGGGCACUCGAUCUGUACCGGACUGGCUGUGAUUGGUGGGCGCAUGAUCGCCCAACGAAUAUCUGUCCGCACUGUUACCCUUAUCGGUGGUGUCGUGUUCCUGCUGUUUGCCGUCAGUGCCCUGUUUUUCGGCCCAGGCGAGGAAGAACCGGCCAAAGUGCCAUUCGCCGGCUCACCUUAAACGGGCGCGCGACGGCCCCUCGUUUCCUCCCCGGGUUAGGCAUGGUCACCUAACCGAUGAUACUUUCCGACCCCCAAGUGGAGAAUGGGUUGCGGGAAAGGGCCAAACACAGGGGAUCUCGCGUGCUCGGUAUUGGCACUUGAUUAGUGGUCUGUUAAGCUCGUGUGUUUGCCGUAUGUAAGAUGUUUGUUUAUGAAACGCUAGCAGGCUCGGUAUCGUGAAUCCCUCCAGUUGAAGAUCCUUUAUAGCUUAGGAAUAGGACAAGAGAAAGAGAAAGA